AUGAGUGCUGACACUGUCUGCAGGGCAGAGCUGGACUCGGAGCACAAUGGUGAGCUGGCCGACCUGGUGGCUGCCAUGAACAUGGCUGGUAACCGCAUGACUCCGCCCAACGGCAUCAGGGCCGGUGCUCCGAGGCCCAGCAGCUCUCAAAGACUUCGGCUCUCGGACAGGAAGCUGUCUCUGCAGGAGCGAGGGUCCCGCAUUGCCCGGCAGCCCACCAUUGAGACCAAACGUGUGUCCAUCACAGAUGCUGAUGACUGUGUCCAGCUCAACCAGUACAAGCUAAAGAAUGAGAUUGGAAAGGGUUCAUAUGGAGUGGUGAAGUUAGCUUAUGAUGAAGAUUCUGAACAAUACUACGCGAUGAAGGUCGUUUCAAAGAAGAAGCUGAUGAGGCUGUGUGGAUUUCUGCGCCGCCUGCCUCCUCCGGGAUCAAACUCACAGGAUCCGUUCCCUAAAGCUGCGUUGCAUCUGGAGAAAGUGUACAAAGAGAUCGCCAUCCUGAAGAAACUGGACCAUCAUAAUGUUGUUAAACUGGUGGAGGUGCUUGAUGAUCCUGAUGAAGAUGGACUUCAUAUGGCCUUCGAGUUGGUGACUAAAGGCCCGGUGAUGGAGGUGCCUACAGACGACCCGUUCACAGAGGAGCAGGCUCGCUUUUACUUCAGAGACAUCGUCCUGGGAAUAGAGUACUUGCAUUAUCACAAGAUCAUCCACAGAGACAUCAAACCCUCCAACCUGCUGCUGGGAGACGACGGUCAUAUAAAGAUCGCAGACUUUGGUGUGAGCAAUGAAUUUGAGGGGGCGGAUGCCCUCCUGUCCAGCACGGCGGGGACCCCGGCCUUCAUGGCCCCUGAGAUGAUGACCGAACACGAGCAGAGCUUCAGUGGAAAGGCAUUAGACGUGUGGGCGAUGGGGGUCACGCUGUACUGUUUUGUCUUUGGGAAGUGUCCUUUUUAUGACGAAUACAUCGUUUCCCUGCACAACAAAAUCAAGAACAAACCUGUGGACUUUCCAGAGACACCAUCGAUUAGUAGUGAACUGAAGGAGCUCAUUGAACGGAUGCUGGAUAAAAACCCUGAAACAAGAAUCACCAUCCCUGAAAUUAAGCUUCAUCCGUGGGUGACAGAGGACGGCUCGAAUCCUCUCCCCCUGGAGGAAGAGCACUGUACGGCGUUGGAAGUCACUGAGGAGGAGGUGCAGAACAGCGUCAAGCUCAUCCCCAAGCUUUCUGCUGUGAUUGUGGUGAAGUCCAUGCUGAGGAAGCGCUCUUUCAGUAAUCCCUUUGAGUGUCACGGCAGACGGGCAGAAAGGUCCAUGUCUGCCCCUGGAGGUCUUCUUACGUAA